AUGUCUAUAUUGAAAAUAACAGCUCGACAAAUCCUCGAUAGUCGAGGGAAUCCAACAGUUGAAGUCGAUGUUAUUACUCACAGAGGUUUAUUUCGAUCUUCGGUUCCAAGUGGCUCGUCAAAGGGAAUUCAUGAGGCAUUCGAAUUAAGGGACAAUAAUCCGUUGGAAUUUAGUGGAAAGGGUGUUCGAAAAGCCGUUAAAAAUGUGAAUGAUAUAAUCGGACCAGCACUCAUCAGGAAGAAUUUUAUCGUCACUCAACAAGAAGAGAUCGAUCAUUUUAUGGUUAAGGAACUGGAUGGAACACCUAAUAAAUGUCGAUUAGGAGCGAAUGCAAUUCUGGGAGUUUCAAUGGCUAUUCUCAAGGCCGGAGCUGCUGAAAAGUGUAUUCCUCUCUAUCGCUAUGUAGCAAAUAUGGCUGGAGUGAAGAAGGUUUCUCUCCCAAUACCAGCUUUUAAUGUGAUUAACGGUGGAAGACAUGCGGGCAACGUUCUUCCAAUGCAGGAAUUUCUUAUUUUUCCGGUAGGCGCGAAGUCGUUUUCUGAGGCCCUGCAAAUGGGCGCUGAGACAUUUCAUAAGCUGAAGAAUAUUAUUCUGCGAAGGUAUGGAAUAGUUGCCUGUAAUGUCGGAGAUGAGGGUGGUUUUGCUCCGAGUGUCUCUAGUGCAAAUGAAGCUUUGGAUUUGCUUAUGGAGGCAAUCGAUGCAGCAAAAUAUCGUGGGAAAAUAUUAAUCGGAAUGAACGUUGCCGCAUCUACUUUCUACGAAAAUAAGAAUUAUCAAUUAAACUUUAAGGAACCAAAACGUGACUUUCAUGGCUUCUAUGAUUCUGACAAAUUAAUACAACUCUACAGUCAAUUACUAGUCAAGUAUCCCAUAGUCAGCAUUGAGGAUCCUUUUGAGCAAGAUGACUGGACAUCCUGGGCAAAAUUCACACAACAAUCUAGAAUUCAAAUUGUGGGCGAUGAUCUAACAGUAACAAACCCAGAGCGAAUGCAAAUGGCCAUGAAGUUGAGAGCUUGCAAUUGCCUUUCGCUGAAGAUGAAUCAAAUCGGCACGUUUUCUGAGGCCUUAGAAGCGACAAAAUUAGCUCAAUCUCAAGGCUGGAACAUAAUUGUUUCCCACCGAUCUGGUGAGACUGAAGACUCUACUAUUGCUGAUAUCGCUGUUGGACUUAAUGCCGGGCAGAUAAAAACCGGAGCUCCAUGCCGAUCUGAACGCCUGGCCAAGUACAAUCAAUUAUUGAGAAUAGAAGAGGAGUUAAAAAAUGACGCUAAAUAUGCUGGGGAACACUUCAUGAAGAUAUUGCACCCUAUUAAAUGA